AUGGGGAAUCAUGAUUGUUACUCCCUGGGAACACGGCCCCCUGCGCUGGUAGAUAGGGAUGGGGAACAGAAUAAGCCCUUCAUGAUCCAUGACAAGAUAGUUUUGGACCUGUUGCAAAAGCUGGAUGCUUACAAGUUCAUGGGACCAGAUGGAUUGUACCCUAGAGUGCUGAGGGAGUUGGCAGAUGUGAUUGCCAAGCCACUGUCCAUCAUUUUUCGGCAGUCCUGGCUAACCCGGGAUGUCCCGGUGGAUUGGAAACUGGCAAAUUAUUUUGCAGGAGGCAAUAAGCUGAAGAAUCAACAUUUUCGUCUAAACUGGGCAUGGAUUUCCUUAGAACAGGAAUAUUAUUUAGUAAAUGAAGAUUCCAAAUAUCUUGAUGUCAUCCUUAAACGGAGAGGUUACCUUGGAGAAACUUCUUUUAUAAGUAUUAGCACCAGAGAUGGUACUGCCAAGAAAGAUAAAGACUUCAGAGGGAAAGCCCAGAAGCAGGUGCAGUUUAAUCCUGGCCAAACCUUAGCUACGUGGCGAGUACGGAUUUUGAGUGAUGGAGAACAUGAGCGGUCUGAGUCCUUUCAAAUUGUUCUUUCUGAGCCUGUCAUGGCAGUUCUGGAAUUUCCCUCUGUAUCCACAGUGGAAAUAAUUGAUCCAGGAGACGAAUCAACUGUCUUUUUUCCUCAGUCUACCUAUACUAUUGAAGAAGAUGUUGGUGAGUUGUUUAUUCCAGUCAGAAGAAGUGGAGAUGUGAGCCAGGAACUGAUGGUUAUCUGUUACACACAACAAGGAACAGCAACUGGCACUGCCCCAACCUCUGUGCUUUCUUACUCUGACUACAUAUCCAGGCCUGAGGAUCACAACAGCGUUCUCCGUUUUGACAAAGAAGAGCGAGAAAAAACAUGUCGAGUAGUGAUCAUAGAUGAUUCCUUGUAUGAAGAGGCUGAGACGUUCGAUGUUUUGCUGAGCAUGCCAAUGGGUGGAAGAAUUGGUACAGAAUAUGCAAGCACUCAAGUUACCAUUGUACCUGACAAGGAUGAUGAACCAGCAUUCUACUUUGGAAAUGAUGAAUACUAUGUUGAUGAGAGUGCUGGCUAUGUUGAGGUACGUGUUUGGAGGACAGGAACUGAUCUGUCUAAAGCUGCCUCUGUUACAGUGAGGUCUCGCAAAUGUGAAUCAAGAACUGCAGAAGCUGGAGUAGAUUAUGUUGGUAUCAGUCGUAAUUUGGAUUUUGCCCCUGGAGUCACUAUGCAGACAUUUCGUGUGGUAAUUUUGGAUGACCUUGGACAACCCGUGUUAGAAGGAACCGAGAAGUUUGAGCUUGUGCUAAGAAUGCCUAUGAAUGCUGCCCUUGGAGAACCCAGCAAGGCUACCAUCUUCAUCAAUGACUCAGUCUCUGAUUUGCCUAAGAUGCAGUUUAAAGAACCUGUAUAUGUAGUCAAUGAAAAUGAUGGACAGAUUUCUGCCAUGAUAUACAGGAGUGGAGAUAUCCAAUACACAUCAACUGUGAGAUGUUAUACAAGGCAAGGUUCAGCUCAGGUAAUGAUCGACUUUGAAGAACGUCCUAAUACUGAUAGUUCCAUCAUCACAUUCCUUCCUGGUGAGACAGAGAAGCCUUGCACACUCGUGCUUAUGGAUGACACUUUUCAUGAAGAAGAUGAAGAACUACGUCUGGUUCUUGGCACUCCAAGAAGUGAUUCAUCUUUUGGUGCCUCUAUUGGUGAACAAAAUGAGACCCUCAUAAAGAUUCGAGAUGAUGCAGACAAGGCUAUUAUUAAAUUUGGUGAGACCAAAUUUAGUGUGAAUGAGCCAAAGGACGCAAGGCAAGUAGCAGUUGUAAAAAUCCCAGUGAUUCGUUUGGGAGACACAUCCAAGGUUUCUGUUGUAAGAGUUCAUACAAAGGAUGGAUCUGCUGUUUCUGGAGAGGACUAUCACCCUAUAUCAGAAGAAAUUGAAUUUAAGGAGGGUGAAACACAGCACUUUGUGGAGAUUGAAGUUCUCUUUGAUGGAGUUAGGGAGAUGAGAGAAGCCUUCACUGUUCACCUGAAACCUGAUGAGAACAUGGUUGCUGAAAUACAGACAGCCAAGGCCAUUGUUUACAUUGAAGAAAUGAACAGCAUGGCAGAUGUCACCUUUCCUUCUGUCCCUCAAGUUGCAUCCCUUUUGAUAUAUGAUGACACUUCUAGAGCCAAAGACAGAACCAGUCCUGUGGCUGGCUAUCCUGUCAUCUGUAUUACAGCUUGCAAUCCUAAAUAUGAAGACUUUGAUAAGACUGGUUCGAUAUGUGCUAGUGAACACAUCAAUAAUACUCUGACACAAUAUCGAUGGCUUGUGAGUGCACCCACUGGUCCUGAUGGUGUUACUAGCCCCAUGAAGGAGGUUGACUUCGAUACCUUCUUCACUUCAUCCAAGAUGAUCACACUGGACUCCAUUUACUUUCAAGCUGGCUCUCGUGUCCAAUGUGCAGCUCGAGCUGUGAAUUCAGAUGGGAAUGAGGGUCUUGAACUUAUGAGCCCUAUUGUAACUAUAAGCACAUCAGAAGGUCUUUGUCAGCCUCGUGUGUCAGGAGUAGUUGGAGCAGAACCAUUCUCUGCUAAACUGCGCUACACAGGCCCGGAAGAUCCAGCUUAUGCCAAUCUCAUCAAACUAACAGUCACAAUGCCACAUAUUGAUGGCAUGCUGCCUGUUAUUUCUACAAGAGAGCUCUCCAAUUUUGAGCUGACACUUAGCCCUGAUGGAACUAGAGUUGGAAACCAUAAGUGCUCCAACCUGCUGGAUUACACAGAAGUGAAGACCCACCAUGGUUUCUUGACUGAUGCUACCAAAAAUUCAAAUGUGAUUGGAGAGACCAUUCCCUACCAAUACAGUCCAGCAAUCAGAGGCUUCAAUACCUUACGAUUCUACCGAAAUCUGAAUCUGGAAGCCUGUUUAUGGGAGUUUGUUAGCUAUUAUGACAUGUCCGAGCUCCUCACAGAUUGUGGAGGCACCAUUGGGACAGAUGGACAGGUUCUCAACCUAGUACAAUCCUAUGUCACACUGAGGGUCCCCUUGUAUGUCUCCUAUGUUUUCCACUCUCCGGUGGGAGUAGGAGGUUGGCAGCACUUCGACCUGCAGUCUGAGCUCCGGCUGACUUUUGUGUAUGACACUGCCAUCCUGUGGAAGGACGGCAUCGGGAGCCCACCAGAGGCAGAGCUCCAAGGUUCUCUGUACCCAACCAGCAUGCGUAUUAGUGAAGAGGGACGCCUGGUUGUCAACUUCAAGACUGAAGCACGGUUUCACGGUCUGUUUGUCAUGUCCCACCUUGCUUCAUCUCUAACUUCCAUGGUUAUGUCAGCUGAUCACCCGAGCCUGACAUUCAGCCUCAGCCUCAUCCGAAGUGAGCCCACGUACAACCAGCCAGUUCAGCAGUGGAGCUUUGUUUCAGAUUUUGCGGUUCGAGACUAUUCUGGGACCUAUACGGUAAAGCUGAUAGCUUGUACCACUGCUCCACAUCAGGAGUACAGCCUGCCGGUGAUCUGCAAUCCUAGAGAGCCGCUCACAUUUGAUCUGGAUAUUCGAUUCCAGCAGGUCAGUGACCCAGUGGCUGCUGAGUUCAGCUUGAACACCCAGAUGUUCCUUCUCUCCAAAAAAACACUCUGGCUGUCGGAUGGAUCAAUGGGCUUUGGACAAGAAAGUGAUGUUGCUUUCUCAGAAGGUGAUGUCAUUUAUGGUCGAGUGAUGGUGGAUCCAGUGCAAAAUCUGGGCGAUUCCUUCUACUGUAGCAUUGAGAAGGUUUUCCUGUGUACAGGAGCUGAUGGAUAUGUACCCAAGUAUAAUCCAUCCAACACUGAAUAUGGAUGUCUUGCUGAUUCUCCAUCCCUUCUGUACAGAUUCAAGAUUGUGGAUAAAGCUCAACCAGAGACACAAGCCACAAGCUUUGGAGAUGUGCUUUUUAAUGCAAAACUUGCAAUAGAUGAUCCUGAAGCAAUUUCUUUAGUUAAACAACCAGGCUCUGAUGGAUUUAAAGUAGACUCAACUCCUCUGUUUCAGGUGUCCUUGGGCAGGGAGUGGUAUGUCCAUACAAUCUACACUGUACGAUCAAAGGAAAACGCUAACCGUGGAAUUGGCAAAAGAAGCGUGGAGCAGCAGUACCACUCACUUUUUAGUGGAGGUAGCCCAGUACCAUCCACACAGAGACGUCAUAAGAGAGGAGCUGUGGGAGCCCCAGAACUUGCAAAAGACAUUGGAGUAGAAAACAACCGAGGGACGAACAUACAGCACAUAGCACUGGAUCGCACCAGCAAGAAACAGGUCCCUCAAAAGGAGGUUGUGGUCAAUGGUGUUCUCCCCAGAGAACUGAACAGCCAGAGCUCAGGGGUCAGCGUAGUCACAAUCAUUGGCGGAGCUGCUGCCAUUUUCCUUGCCAUCUGCUUAAUUGCAAUCAGCAUUUUGCUGCUAAAGCGGAGACAAAAUUCUGAGAAGAAGGAAGCUGCAAAGAAGUCAGGCAGCAAUGAACCAAUGAUGCUGCCUGAUAACUACACCAGCGAUAGCUCUGAGGUUUGAUUUGAAGACCACAGAAUUCAGCCCGGAGUCUCCAGGGUGCCUCAAAACAAAAUUGAACUGCACUUAUGUAGCAGCAGAUCACGGUGACUCGUGAAGAGUAAAAAGUUCAUGUGCGUCUAGAUUUACUUGAAAUUUUUUAUCCUGAACUUUUGCUGCCUUUAUCAACAAUAGAAAAAUCCGUACUGAAUCUCCCACUUUGCACUAAAGGUUAUCGUGACGUCCCUAUAUCAUGCACUAAUCUUUAGCAGGAGUUCAAGGAACUGCAUUGUAAGGGAGAACAUUUUCUUUUAUUUUUUUUGUAUUUGCUGAUAUUUCAAAAAAGUAGUAGAAACUAUCCAAAGGUGCUAUAGAUCCUUUCUGUAAUAAGAGAGGAAAUUUGUUUCUUUAGAAAUACUGAAUACUUGAGAGGUGGAAUACUUACACACUUCAGUCAAAUUUUGUACUGUUUCUCACAAAGAACUCGAUGUCUGCAGUUAGGUUGAAAGGUGAUAAAAUGCCUUAGGCAUGAAUCCUCCCUCCUGUAAGACUUUGACUACAUCUAAGCUAUACCAGUGAUUAGGUUUUUUUCCUUAUGUUUAACUGAACUUUUUCUAAAGGCAGCUAGAUUAGACGGCGUAACAUUAUAAUCAGUUGCAUGUCACAAAAGGCAAUACAUAUUCUUUUCUGCAAAUUCUUAUUCAGCUAUUUAAUCAGAUAAUUUUUUUCCCUCAUUUUUUUCCUUAUUUAUGUUGAUAUAAAGCCAAAGAAUACAACAAAUCUUGAAGGAAUUUUGUUUUUGACAGGAACUGGACACAUAUCUUCUUAAGUUUAUAGCAAAUCAUGGAUGUGUUGCAAGGCAAAUUGUAUUUUUUAGUGCAUAUCCACUGCUGGGAAAUGCAAGCAUUAGUGUUUCAGUACCUAGUAUUAGAUUAAAAAUGCAGAGGACAAAGUUCUGCCUGAACUGAGCCUAGGAAUCAUGAUAUUGAAUCCAGCAUGUGAUUGUCAGUUGCCAUGUCAAAUGGCAAAAAAGUGAAGAAAUAAAUAUAACAUGAUUGAAUCAAGUAGUAUUUAUUAGCUUACCAUUAUAGCAUAUCUUGACAAACAUGCUAGAUCAUUGCUGGGCUGCUUUUUGUUUUAACAAAUGACUACUUCUGAAAGAGAGAUUCUGAUUUUCUCUCAGUCUUCCCAGUGUAGACAAUCUGGCAGCAUUGAUGUCUCAUUGAAGUUUGGAUCAGCAGUGUUCCAUGCCAUUUUUUUAAUGCAGACAGGACCUGUUCUACCCUAAAGAUAUCCUGCCAAAUGCUUGGCCGUGGAUACCAUAUAAUCCUGAAGAUUAUCCCAUUUGUCACACUAGCAUUUGAUAUGAAUAAAUCUUUUCAAGUCAGUGGAGUUCAGCUAUAUAAACUAAAUAAAAUCUGAAGUAGGCUGUUGAGAUUGGUGCUGAAAAACCUGUUCCCCUCCACAACCUGUGGUGGUGGGUACUGGCAACACCCAAACUAUCCUCAAGCUGCAAACCAUCUGGCAUUUGACAUUCUGGAGACCAUGCUGCAAAGAUCUGAGUUACCAGGAUCCAGUCUGAAAGCAGCCUGGCUUCUAGCACAGAGUGCUGCCUCUGAACUAAAAUAUGCCCAAGAGGCUUUGUAUCCUAUGUAUGUUGGGCUGUAAACGCAGGGAGACCCAACUUAGUGAUUCCACACAAUCGUCCAUAAGGCUGAGAAAUCUUGAGGUCUACUCUCCUGGGAAGGUCUGUGCUAGGAUUUGUGGUACAGUAUGAAUGUGCCCACAGAGGGACUCACGCUAAUAUCUCUGGAUUUAUAUUGUUAUGACUUCACUCAUUUGGUAAGGCUUCGUCAGUUUUUCACCCAACGAAUCAGGUCAGAAUCUGUACCAUCUUUUCCUGGGUUUUCUGAAGACUGUUGUUCAGAAUGCUUAAUUGAAAGAUGUUUUCAGCAGCCUGAGGGUCAAGCUCCAUUAUUAAAGUCAUGCAGUCAUCUUUUAUUUUAAUUAAACUGAGUACUAGCCUGAAAUAAUUAUCCACAAGGCUAUCCACAAGACGUGCCCAGUGCAUUAGACCUUUUCCCUGGUCACCUGACAUUAAUUUACUCUUGUAAUGAAGUUCCCAGUUUUGUGAUCCAUGUAUUAUGUGUGCAAGAUUGAUCAAAGACUUAAGCCACAGAUGUGUUUUAUGUUUAAAGUUCAGACCUACGUUACAAUUGUAAUCUAGGAUCAGAUUUGCCCUUGUGCCCAUACAUGAAAUAACUGAUUAUGAGAAAGGCAGGAUUUGUCUCCUAGAACCUGCACAUUCAGACAGUGAUUCUACAGUAAAAUGGGACACAUGUAAAUAAUAGAACAUUUUAAUAUUUAUAAAAUGCCUGUUUUGUGUAAGCAGAGAAGAUCUUUUAAAAUAUAUAUAUAAUAAAUAUGGAAUGUAGGUGUUUAUCAGUAGAGCAAUUUUUCUGUUUUUGAAUUUUAACAGACUGAAAUAUCAUUAAAGUUGCUUGCAGGCAAAAUCUUUUUUUAAUAAUUAUUAUUUCUUUUCAUGAAAUCAUACCAAAAACUGUGUGUUCUACAAGCCAAAUAUUGAGUCUGGUAGAUUUGAUCACUGCUUUGAAUAAUGUCUGAUUACAGCUCUGUAAAAGGUUCCCAAUUAUGGGGAUUAUCAGACAAACAUUUUUCUAAAAAAUAUAUUAAAAAAAACCUGCUGAUAACAAAAUAAAACACAAAGCACACACUGAGAAGCUGGACAAGAAUUAGCAAGAUUCAUUAAUCAGGUAUCAAAGUCCUCUGCCUGGGAAAAAAAUCUCAAUGUUCCCAGUAAGACCUGCCAGGUGUGUCCCAUUCCUAAGAAAUUGAAUUUCUUACAAUUCAGUGAACCAUAAGUACAACUGUAGCAGCAUGCUUUGUUAUUAUGGCUUCAAGGUUUUGAAUUUCAGCAAGACGUUUUGGAGGCUUAUUAACAUUUUUCCUUCUACUUAACAAGUGACCUUGUUUAUACUAACCUGAAUAAGUGCCUCAUCCCCAGUUAUAUGCACAAGUAUAUUAAUAUUUAUCUAUCCAUGCAAUAAACUGAAUAUUUUAUAUAUAUAUAUAAUCUAUUUCCAGCAUAUGUAUUCAAUCUUUUUUUCCCUGAAGAUACGUAUUCCGCUGGCAGUAAUGCCAUUUGUUAAGCCCUUUAAACAGUAACUGCUGUGUUUAAAUUUGUUAUCAAGCUGUCAGAAAUCUUUCCAUGCAUAUUUAUUUGGAGCAAUUUCUUAUGUAUGUCUGUGGCUGUGAUGUUUGGCAUUUUUAUCAGGAAAAAUAAAAGUAAAACUACUUCUGUUUUGUUACUAAUUU